AUGGCAACUGGCUUCGGGCCUCCUCCUUUAAUAUCAUCACAAUACAAUGCACAACAAGCAAAUGGCUGGCGGCAGUCAUUAGCAGCAUUGUUGUGUAUGCUACAGUGUUUUAUUAUAUUUCUAUCUGUUUGUUAUGUCGGAGUGUACUUGAUAAAAGGCAAACCUGUUUAUGAAGAAUUAGUUGAUUACUUGGAUAAAUCAAUUGCAAUUAGUAAAAUUAAUUACAAUCAGCAAUUAGGAUCUUUCGAACUUGAAGAAAAUGAACUACAAACCUUAGAAAAACAUCGAAUGUACAAAACUUUGUUAUGGUUGUUUUUAUUUACCGAUUUGGGGUGUUAUUUUUUCUUAGCCCUUUGCAUUCUCAUAUAUUUGACGACGGAAACAAGCAGAGGAAAAGCGCAUAUUGCUUUUUGGUUUUUUUUCACUUUGGCCAUUUUAUAUUGUGUCACUGAAAUCCAUGUUAUGGCAUUUAUGUUAUUUCCCUACACGUCACAACUACCGAAUAUCACAGAAAAUUUAUUGAAUCACGCAAUACCUUACAAUCCUGGUGGGUUGCUACAAAUGGAGCAACGUCUUAAUUGUAUUUUUGACUUGAAUCUUUAUGCAGCGCAAAAGAGGAAACAGAACCCUUUGAAUACGUGUGAUCCGUAUAUAUCCUCGGCUUUCAUUGGUAAAGCUAUGCUAUGGACUCUUUUGGCACUUAGAUUAAUACCUGUGGUGAUAUUUGUGUUAUUAGUCAGUAAAAAAUUAUCAGUAAGCGAAAUGUUAGCAUCAUUUGGAGAACGGUUUCGUACAGCGAUACGACCAAAUGAUGGUAGUGCUCGAAUUAAAAAAGUCAGUUACGGACCAAAUUUUAUGAAUAGCAAAACUACAAUUAUAGGCGUUGCACCAACGAGUAGUAUUCGGUCGAAUAUUGCAUCAUCAGAACCAGCAUUACCUUCGUCACAUGCAGAUAAUGAUCAUAGCAUGAGUUACAAUAACGCUGCAUUCUUCGCGACAUCUGGUGCACCUGGCAUAGGUGGCUUAGGCAGUUCAAAAAGUAGUGAAAUAUCAAGAAGUGAUGCGAUCGAUUUGUACAGGCCUUCAUUGCUUACCAGUAGUAGUAUUAUGUCGGAAGUUUAA